AGCGACCAACAAGCCCACAUUUCGGAACGAGAUGCAGCCACCGUCGCGACGCUCGUAAUCACAACGUACGUUGUUCGGUUUCCCGGCUUUUCCUUCUCCCAGUUUUUUUUGUUUGUCUUUAUUUUACCUCUUAAAUUUGGAAAGUGACGAAAAUGGGUGAAGAAGAAAUUCACUUGGAACUGGACGGUCCGUCGUUAGAAACUCAUUUGGUGACACUUUUCGAAAAAUUGGAGUCGAUGAGAAACCACGACGAACUGUCGGCUAUUAAUCGGUGCGCGAAAUAUCCAAUGCGAGUGGAAGUGAGAAGACUUGAAUUUUGGAAAUCAGUUUUUUGCGAGUGCGUGGCCUCUUUUGUGUACGUCUUGGUCGUUUGUGGAGCAGCCGCCGGUACCGGCGUUAGCCCGUCGAUGUCUUCAAUAUUAAUCAGUACAUCACUAUCUUCAGGAUUUGCUAUUGCAACUUUAACGCAAUGUUUUGGACACAUUUCAGGUGCACACAUAAAUCCGGCAGUUAGCAUUGCUCAAGGUUUUACAAAACGCAUAUCAAUGCUGAGGACUGCUCUUUUCGUUAUCGCACAGUGCGGAGGUGGAAUUGCCGGCGCUGGUUUCUUGUAUGGUGUGAAUAUUUCUGGGUAUCGUACAAAUUUAGAAACGGCAAUCUCACAUUCAACGAACGUUUCCGCUUGGGAACGUUUUGGAAUCGAGUUCAUCCUGACAUUUGUGGUCGUUUUAACAUAUUUCGUUUCAAUGGAUACCCACAGAAGAUGGACUACAUCAAGCAACAUAACAAUUGGAGCUGCUUACUCGGCAUGUAGCUUUGUUUCGAUACCAUAUUUGAAUCCAGCAAGAUCUUUGGGUCCAUCGUUUGUUUUAAGUAAAUGGGAUAAUCAUUGGGUGUAUUGGUUAGGUCCGGCGAUGGGUGGAGCAGCAUCCGGAUUAAUUUACGAAUAUCUGUUAAAUCCAAAACGUCAAAGAAAGACUAAAUCGGCCGAUGGUGAUACAUCGAGUAUGAAUUCAGAUGCUGAUACUUAUGAUGAUUUAGAAAAAACGAAUGGAAAUAAGUUAGGAUCAAAUUAUAAUUCUUAUAGACCACCUGGCGGAACGACUGCGAAUGCUUUAGCUGCUUAUUGUCCAAGCGUGGCAUCGACUAGUUUAUAUUCAGCACCUCCAACUAAAUUGGAACGUGUCGAUUCUUUAUACGGCAAUUCAAAAUCUUUGUAUUGUAAAUCUCCGCCUUUAACUCGAGCAAAUUUAAAUCGGUCGCAAUCGGUUUAUGCUAAAUCGAAUUCUUAUUUGAAUCGAGAAACAUUGCCUAGACCUGGACCGUUAGUUCCAGCACAAUCACUAUAUCCGAUUCGAUUAAAUCCGGGCGGUGGUAAUAAUCAACAAGCGGAAAACGCUCAAAAUCAACAACGAACUGAGGCUUACAAUAAUUCGAAUUCAAAUCGGGACCGAAACGAUGGCUAUAAUAGCAAUACGGUGGAAAGAAGAGAAUAUUAUAGAAACGGCAAUUACGAUUCGGUUCAGUAUGAUGAAAACGAGAAAAGGGCCCCUAGGUCAACCCGACCUGAAUCUUUAUACGGUAGUGUUAAUGGAAACCAAAGACGAGGUGGAGGCGGAGGUCAAUCGGCUCCUUCUGACGAUUCAAAUUAUGGUGGAGGAUCUUAUGGAGGAUUUAGUAAUAGAAAAACUAGCGGGACUUAUAAUGGAAGGACUGUUACGGGUGCUGAAGUUCGACAAUCACCUAAUUCUCAAUAUUAAGACUGGUUAUUAUUAUUUUUGUAUACAUAGCUUAGACUGUAAAAUUUAUUUUUUUUUGUAAAUACAUUAUUUC